GGAUUUCUUGCGCAUGUGCAAGAUGAAACUUUUCCCCACGCCUGCGGAAGAGUGAGGCUCCCCUGGAAGAAAGUCGCCCAAGUAGUGGGUGAGCUGGGGGGGAAGGUAGUUUCUACGCAUGUGCUGUAAGCUCCUUUGGCAUUUCACCCAGCCUGUGGAGUUUCUCACCACCCCCAUUACUUCGUAUUUAUUUUGCAUCUACCUGGCUUGUAGUCCAUAUCCAUUCCUCCCUCAAUAGAAAUGUUUGUAUCCUCUGUGCUCAUGAGGGUCCGGGUCCGGUGCUCUGUCCAUUGGGCCCCCUAGCUGCUUUACCAAGUACAUCGUAGGCACUUAAGGUGCGGUCCUAGGCUCUGGUUUCAAAUAUGGGGGUGAUUCUGUCCUCGAGGAGCGCUUGGAUUUUAUUAUACGUACACAGAAAAAGAAAUAGAUACAAAGUGAUUGUGUAGGAGAGGACUAAGCUGCGUCGAUCGCGACGGGUUUCCUGUAGGAGUGGGCACUUGGCUGUUCUAGAAGAAACGUAGAGAUUUCAGGAGAGGAGAAGAGGGAGCACGCUCCAGGCCUCGCGUACAGCCGGUGCGAAGGAACAGAGGAGGUAUUCCCGGAAGAGUGCUCCGACUUGGGGCUGCACAGGGAGCAGGACCGGGCCUUACCGUCUGCGCAUGUGCGCUACGCUACCGUUUCCCCAGACUUCCUCCCACGGACGCCGGCGAAGGGGCGGGGCUUUGAUUGUUUGGAUUAGAGACUAAGGAGGCGGGGGAGGAGGGCUGCACGUGCGGGGCCGCGGUCCCUGCGCCGCGGAGCGAGCAGAUUGGUGGACAGCGGCAUCUCGCGCGUGCGCACUGGAGGGAAAGUCUCCGCUGGAGUUGUCUCCUCGUCGGUUUUCGCGCUGCACCCUCAUUCUCUGGGCUCCGGGCCCCCGAGGAUCAUGUCCGGGUGGGAGUCGUACUACAGAAACGAGGGCGAGGAGGAGGAGCCGGAGCCGGAGGAGGGGGCCGAGGCGGAAGGAAGCUAUAAGUAUUCUGGACGGGACAGUUUGAUUUUCUUGGUUGAUGCCUCCAAGGCUAUGUUUGAGGCCCAGGAUGAAGAUCGAGGAACUUCUUUUGACCUAACCAUCCAGUGCAUCCAGAGUGUGUAUACCAGCAAGAUCAUUGGCAGUGACCGAGACCUCUUGGCCGUGGUCUUCUAUGGCACUGACAAAGACAAGAACUCGGUGAAUUUCAAAAGUGUUUAUGUCCUUCACGAGUUGGAUACCCCAGGUGCAAAACGAAUACUUGAGCUUGACCAGUUUAAGGGAGAAAAAGGAGAGAAACAUUUCCAGGAACUGAUUGGCCAUGGCUCAGACUAUUCCCUGAGUGAGGCCCUCUGGGUCUGCGCCAACCUCUUCAGUGGGGUCCGGCUCAAGAUGAGUCACAAGCGGAUCAUGCUAUUCACCAAUGAUGACAAUCCUCAUGGCAAGGAUAGCGCCAAGGCCAAUCAGGCCAAGACCAAAGCCAGCGACCUCCGUGACACAGGUAUCAUCCUCGACCUUAUGAACCUGAAGAAGCCUGGGGGGUUUGAUAUUUCCUUAUUCUACAGGGACAUCAUCACCCCAGCCGAGGAUGAGGACCUUGGGGUUCACUUUGAGGAGUCAGGCAGGCUAGAAGACCUCCUGAGGAAGGUUCGGAUCAAGGAGACCCGGAAACGCCCUUUGGCCAGACUGAAGCUAAAACUGGGCAAGGAUGUGGCCCUGACCGUUGGCAUUUUUAAUAUGGUCCAGAAGGCUUUCAAGCCUCCUCCUGUCAGGCUGUAUCGGGAAACAAACGAACAGGUGAAAACCAAGACCCGAACAUUUAACGUGGAAACGGGUGGCCUGCUCCUGCCCAGCGACACCAAGAGGGCUCAGGUCUAUGGAGGCCGUCAGAUUGUGAUGGAGAAGGAGGAGACGGAAGAGCUGAAGAAAUUUGAUGAGCCCGGCUUGGUUCUCAUUGGCUUCAAGCCUCUGUUUAUGCUGAAGCAGCAUCAUUUCCUGAGGCCUUCUCUGUUUGUGUACCCAGAGGAAUCCCUGGUUAAUGGAAGUACAACCCUGUUCAGUGCUUUACUCACCAAGUGCCUGGAGAAGGAGGUGUUGGCACUGUGCAGAUACACCCCCCGCCAGAACAGCCCCCCAUGUUUUGUGGCCCUGGUGCCCCAGGAGGAAUUGCUGGAUGCCCAGAGAGUUCAGGUGACUCCUCCAGGCUUUGAGCUCGUCUUCCUGCCCUAUGCUGAUGACAAAAGGAAGGUGCCCUUUACUGAGAAAGUCACCGCCAACCCAGAGCAGGUGGCCAAGAUGAAGGCGAUUGUCCAGAAACUGCGUUUCAAGUAUCGGAGUGACAGCUUUGAGAACCCUGUGCUGCAGCAGCAUUUCAGAAACCUGGAGGCCUUGGCACUGGACCUGACGGAGCCUGAGUACGCCCCAGACCUGACAUUGCCCAAGGUUGAAGCAAUGGACCUCAGGCUGGGCAGCCUGGUGGAGGAGUUCAAGGAGCUCGUCUACCCCCCUGACUACAACCCUGAGAGGAAGGCCGAGAAGCGGAAAAGAGACAGCAGCGAUCCUGGAGAGAAGCUGUCCGAAGAGGAGCUCAAGGCCCACGUUCAGAAGGGCACCCUGGGCAAGCUCACAGUGUCCGUCCUCAAAGAGGCUUGCCGCACGUACCGGCUCAAGGCCAGCAGCACCAAGAAGCAAGAGCUCCUGGACCUGCUGACGCAGCAUUUCCAGGCGGCCUGAUGGGCCCUUGGAUCCUUGAUCUUGCCCCGCCUCUCUUGUUCACCAAUAAAGAGAACUGCUUUUCUUUGGGA